UGUCAGUCGUAUUCAGUGCCGCCGCGAUCUUGGCAGCGAAAGCAACGCUUGAGUGUGCGCUCCUCCACAUCGCAGGAAUAAAACGCUCGACACUGCAGGAAAUACACUGCAAACGCGAAUCGAUCUCAUAACAUACGCGCCACGCGCCUAUAAAAUUCUUAGAAUUUCACCGCGAAAAAUAACACUGCUGUGUUGUCAAACACAAACCAUAAACGGAAACGCAUUGUGCCACGAACAGACAUAAACUGAUCGAAUUGUGCGUGUGCAACAAUUAAUUAAUCCAAUCAAUAGCAGUCAACAUUAAAAUCGGUGUGUAAACUUGCAAAAUAAAAAAGCAGUGCAAGUUUUUAACGGUCGGUCGUAAAAUUUUAGUAGCGACCCAGUAGUCGUGAUACAUGAGUUCGUCGAAGUGUUUCAGCGACGAUGGAUAGCGAGAAGGCGAAAAAGGAUCGAAAGCGGAACUUGAGGGAAAAUACAAACCCAUUAUCAAAUUUAACUUUUUGUUACACAAUACCAACAUUUUACAAAGGUCUAAGACAUGACCUGGACGUUGCUGAUCUCCCAGAAACCCUCACUGACCACCAGUCCGCCGCCCUAGGAGACAGGCUCGAAGCCGUCUGGAACAAUGAAGUGGAAAAGGCCAAAGCGGCAGGGCGCACGCCAUCUUUAAUGCGCGUUCUACGCCGCGUCUUUUUUCUACGAUUUUUAACUUAUGGAAUCAUCUUAGCUUUCGGUGAAUUUGCUAUUAGAUUAGCACAGCCGGUGUUUCUCGGUAAGGUGGUGCGAUACUUCACCGUCCCCGAGGCGCGAUCCGUGCAGAGCCUCAACGUUUACGGCAUUGGAAAUUACUAUCCGUACAAUGAUUUUACCGUUGAGGAGACAACCACUAGUCACGCCAAUUCCAAUGAAUCCAUCACGCUUGUACAACCUUUGGCCCUUGGUCAACUAGUUUCCUACUAUACAAGUAAUCCAAAUGAUAUAACCCGUGAUGAGGCCUUUAUCUACGCCGCCGCUGUGGUGAUGUGUUCGUUACUGAACAUCUUUUUUAUCCAUCCGUACAUGAUGGCGUCCGUCCAUCUUGGAAUGAAAAUGCGUGUGGGUUGUUGUUCCUUGAUAUAUCGCAAAGCCUUACGAUUAAGUAAAACCGCCCUUGGUCAGACCACAAUCGGUCAAGUGGUUAAUUUACUUUCGAAUGAUGUCAACCGAUUUGAUGUUGCCGUCUUAUUCGCCAAUCAGCUUUGGAUCGGACCUUUGGAGACAAUAGUCAUUACUUAUCUUAUGUAUCUUCAAGUUGGCAUUUCGUCGGUUAUCGGUGUUGCUAGUAUGUUGGUAGUUAUACCAAUACAAAUUUAUUUGGGAAAAAGAAUGUCGGUGUUGCGUCUGCGAACAGCUCUGAGAACCGAUGAACGCGUUCGUUUAAUGAAUGAGAUUAUUUCUGGCAUUCAAGUGAUCAAAAUGUACACCUGGGAGAAGCCAUUUACCUAUUUGGUUUCAUUAUCGAGAAGGUUUGAAAUUAAAUCUGUCCGUGGGACAUCAUACAUACGUGGUAUUCUACUAUCAUUUAUCAUGUUCAGCACAAGAAUUUCUGUCUUUCUGACGGUUUUGGCUUAUGUCAUGUUCGGACACAGAAUAUCAGCUGAACAAGUUUUUGUUCUGACAUCUUUUUAUGGUAUUCUAAGACAAAACAUGACUGUAUUUUUCCCUCAGGGAAUAGGGCAAAUCGCUGAGGCAUCUGUGUCUAUUCGCCGAUUAAAUAAAUUCAUGCUUUAUGAAGAAAAAGUUGCUCCAGAUGAUGAUAAAAAAUGUCAAAAUGGCGUCGAUAAGAAAAAGAAUGAAGCAACAUCAGGAUCAGAUAGGAAAGGAAUUUUUGCAAGUCAAUUAACAGCAAAAUGGCUGUUAGACCAUACUGAUAACACUCUUUCAAAUGUUACACUUGAAGUAAGACCCGGAAAACUCCUCGCGGUUAUUGGACCAGUUGGAAGUGGAAAAUCUAGUCUGCUACAAGCAAUUCUUAAGGAAUUACCCGCAAUUUCAGGAUCAAUUGAUGUUUGUGGUGAGAUUAGUUACGCCUCCCAGGAACCCUGGCUCUUUGCUGGUUCUGUGAGACAAAACAUACUGUUCGGUCUUCCCAUGGAUAAACAACGCUAUCGGUUGGUCGUAAAACGUUGUGCACUAGACCGCGAUUUUGAAUUAUUUCCGUAUGGUGACAAAACCAUCGUGGGCGAACGCGGCGUUUCGCUUAGUGGCGGCCAACGCGCUCGGAUUAAUCUCGCGCGGGCUGUUUACAAGGAAGCAGAUGUUUAUCUUCUCGAUGAUCCCCUAUCAGCGGUCGAUACCCACGUCGGAAAACAUCUGUUUGAGGCGUGCAUCGCGGGAUAUUUGAAAUCUAAAGCCGUAGUGUUAGUAACACAUCAAUUACAAUACUUAAAAGAAGCCGAUCAAAUUAUCAUUCUGGAAAAUGGUAACGUCAUGGCGCAGGGGACAUUUGAUGAAUUACAAAACAGUGGGUUGGAUUUCGCAAAAUUACUACAAAAAGAAUCAGAAAACUCCGAGAACGCUGAAGAUACACCGACUAAAAAAAUGGUCACAAGAAAUGAUUCUAUUCAAAGCAUUGCUUCCGAGACUCAGAAAGAACCUGAGGAAGUUCAAGAACAACAAAAUACUGGAACCGUGGGAGGAUACGUUUUCCGGCAGUAUUUUAAAAACGGCGGCGGGUACUGCUUUGUGUUCAUCGUAUUUCUGCUCUUCUUUUUGGCACAGAUUGCUGGAAGUGGCGGUGACUACUUUAUAACCUACUGGGUCAAUCUCGAACAAAUCCGUUACGAUUCAAGUAAUGGCACGCUAGACUCGUUAAACACUAUAAAUAAUCCAUACUACAUCGAUCUAUCAACCAUGACAUGCAUUUACAUUUACACCGGCAUCUCGAUCGCUACUAUUAUUAUUUCCAUCGUGCGUUCAUUCGCCUUUUUCGAAAUGUGCAUGAAAUCUUCGAUUAAUCUACAUGACAAUAUGUUUAAAUCAAUUACACGCGCGACGAUGUAUUUUUUCAAUACGAACCCAAGCGGUCGUAUCUUAAAUCGCUUCUCAAAGGACAUGGGCGCCAUUGAUGAACUGUUACCAAGUGCUCUUAUCGAUUGUUUACAAAUCGGCCUUACUCUCAUUGGUAUUGUGGUGGUUAUUGGAGUUGUCAACCCAUUAUUACUGAUUCCUACGAGUAUUGUGGGAUUAGUUUUCUAUGCCAUUCGAAUUGUCUAUUUGAAUACCGGCAGGGCUGUUAAACGAUUGGAAGCAGUUACGAGGAGUCCUGUAUUUUCACAUUUGAACGCAUCUCUACAAGGAUUAACCACCAUUAGAGCUUUCAGGGCUCAGAAAAUUCUGGAAAAAGAAUUCGAUGUUCAUCAGGACCUUCACAGUUCUGCUUGGUUCCUAUUUCUGUCUACUUCAAGAGCGUUCGGCUUCUACUUAGACAUAGUGUGUGUGAUAUAUAUCGCGAUUGUUACCUUGAGUUUUCUAUUAUUAGGAACAGAAAAUUUCGGUGGAAAUGUGGGUUUAGCCAUAACUCAAGCCAUAGCCUUAACUGGUAUGUUCCAAUGGGGCAUGAGACAAUCUACAGAGUUAGAAAAUCAAAUGACAUCAGUUGAAAGAGUGCUCGAGUACAGCAAUUUGGAAUCAGAGCGUGAAUUAGAAACGAAAGACUCGUUGAAACCGAGAGAUGACUGGCCAAACAAGGGUGCGAUAGUAUUCGAUCACGUCUACUUGCGUUACAGCCCCAUGGAACCUCACGUUCUAAGGAAUCUAAACUUCAGCAUCGCGCCUAAAGAAAAAGUGGGAAUAGUUGGUCGUACAGGUGCUGGAAAAUCUUCAUUGAUAUCCGCACUGUUCCAACUUACAGAAACAGAGGGAAUCAUUGCCGUGGACGGUGUUGAUGUCCACGGCCUCGGGUUGCAUGACCUACGAUCUAAACUAAGCAUCAUCCCACAAGAACCGGUACUAUUUUCAGGAACAAUGCGUAAAAACCUCGACCCCUUUGAUGAGUAUACCGAUCUGGUACUCUGGAAGGCGCUGGAGGACGUCGAACUUAAAGAUGUUGUCUCUGACUUGCCGGCAGGUCUUAAUUCGAUAAUGUCUGAAGGUGGAACGAACUUCAGCGUUGGUCAACGACAGCUAGUUUGUUUAGCUCGUGCGAUUAUUAGAAAUAAUAAGGUGUUAGUGUUGGAUGAAGCGACUGCGAAUGUAGACCCGCAUACGGACGCGCUUAUCCAGACUACAAUCAGGAAAAAGUUUAAAGAUUGUACGGUGCUUACAAUUGCGCACCGAUUGCAUACUGUUAUGGACUCGGAUAAGGUACUGGUGAUGGAUGCAGGCACGAUGGUAGAAUUUGGGCAUCCGCACAUCUUAUUGAAGAACCACAACGGGUUCUUAUUCAAGAUGGUGGAACAGACUGGGAAAGCCAUGUCGGAAACGCUUGGGAAAAUCGCCGAACAGUACUACAAUCGGCAUUAUUUGGAUACUGUCGCGGAAGAGGAUAACAAGUGAUAUUCUAACAGAAAACAAAUUUAAGCUGAGUAAACAAAUUGUUACCGUGCUAUUUUAAAAUAUGAAAAUAUUUUAUAUACUGAAAUGUUCCAAAUCAAAAGUCACAUUUGGAAUGUUUCACCACUUUGAACAAGAAACAUGUUUUUAAAAGUCGUGAAAUAUUUUUUAUAAUAUUUAUUACAAUGAUGGUACUAUUUUUCAUGUGAAUAGUAGUUUCAAAUGAAUGUUUCAAACUAUCGAGAAAUAGUGUGAAAUCAAACUUGUUGCUAUAAUUAUAUAAAAUAUUUUUUAAUAAAAAAAGUUUCAAAUA